AUCUUCGCAACUCUGAUUUGAUUCUUUGUAUUGUAACAUCAUUCACUGUCUCUUCAUUCAUCGUUCUUAUAUACCCAAAAUUCAAUCAAUCCCUUUAAAAGUUCAAGCUUCCAUCUGUCAAUCGUUUGAGCGAACCGAAAAGUCUUAUGCUUCUUUCACCACCACUACCUGCAACUUUCGAAUAAUAAUUCCAACCCAGCUACCAGUGUCAGCAUACUCGCCCUCCUUCCAGCCAUAAUCCGAAAGAUCUCUGCUAUUUCGACAUAGACAUUUGAAGUUAUAUAGUACCCAAGGGACAAUCGCUUCCAGCCCUCAUAUCACCAUAUCUCUCGCGUUCUACUUCGGACGCGAUUUAAUAACUACCCCCCUCAAACCGCAACCACGGCUUCCACACUCGCACCCAUUUACAGGGCAUCGCCCCUCGAUCACCUUCGGCCCUCCUCGAGAGACCAAAGUCGAGAUCUGCCGCCUUUUCGCAUGUCACCUUCGUUGAGCGAUGGAAGGCAAUCAUUGCCAAUCAUGCCACCCAUGGAUCCUAUUUCUCGACCAUCUUCGACCUCAACUGUGAACUCCUUACACCAUAGUGCAUCUCUGCCGCAGCUUCCUGGUCUAUCAGCACUUGCUUCAAUAGCUUCCGGUACAAGUUCACCACAAUUGAGGUACGUUCGGGAUGUGAAAGGAAAAAUACAAUUUUAAAAUUACUAUUGUCUCGGACGAUGUGGAAGUUUCAUCCUCAAGCAUAAAUUGAAUGAACAAUUCUUUAUCUGCUGGAGGAAAGAACAAUGACCAUUGUUGAAAUAGUCGGCUUGAGCUCGCCAUUGGAAUUUUUGGAAACUUUCAAGGACGAGAAGAGCAUAUUUUUGAAUAUAUUUGAAUCUUGAUGUACAACAUAAUGCAUGGUCCAAAGGCUAAUUCGGAUCAUCAUAGGGCAUUCAAUGUCGGACAAAGUGUGAAUAUGGGGUAUGCAACAUCAUCACCAUCUGCUACCUCUGGAGGAGGUCAGAACAAUACACCGGUAUGUUAUAUUUUCUUUCUUUUCUAGUAGAGCUGUUUUUUUAUAUGCAUAAUUCAUUCCCGUCGCAUUCAUUUCUUGGUCAUUGUCGAGAAACCAGAAAAUAACUGGAGCAUGCAAAAAAUGUCUCUCUGUGUUUCUGAUGUCCAUUGAAUUUUCAUUUUCUAAUCAAUCACUCGAUCAUUCAAUCAAUUAAUCUCCUCCUAUCUUUUGGGAUAAGUGUUCCGAUAAAUACGGUCACCCUUUCUUUAUCAGUCAGUUUUGGCUGGUCAUUAGUCUUUAUGGUCAACCGUACUCGGUAUUUCCCGUCCCUUCCACUAUCCAUCCCACUACUUGAGUUUAAUCAAUUAAGCCCCAAGCGAUAUCAGCAGAGCAACAAUCUGAAUUUUCGUCCAUUCCAAUCUGCGAUAACGAUAGCGAUUUUGCACAUCUCAUAUUAUCACUACCAUAAUAAUGGCUACAAUGGCUAACAAUGAUCGCGAAACCCAACAGCCUACCUGUCAGAAUUGCCAGACUUCAACCACUCCAUUAUGGCGCAGAGAUGAAAUAGGAUCCGUAUUAUGCAAUGCCUGUGGUCUCUUUUUGAAGCUGCACGGAAGACCUCGGCCGAUAAGCCUCAAGACAGAUGUUAUCAAGAGUCGAAAUCGCGUCAAGAGUUCUGGGACUGCCCAGAGUGCGAAGAAAAAGGUAUUUAUUCAUAUUGUAAUUAAUCUGCAGAAAUAUUAUCUUUGCUAACGCGUUUUGUCGCAGACUCUCUAUGAAGCUAAUGGUCUUGAUCAAGCGCGAUCGCAAGCUGGGACACCACCACCGGGUUCUCUAGGACAUAGAAGAACAUCAGGAAAGUCUGCCAAUGGUCACUCAGAUGGAUCGAAUUCUCCUAUUUCAAGAACUGCGACUCCCUCGAUGUAUGGUAACCAUUUAGCCCCGUUCAACGGAAAUGGCCUGGAAGAACAUCAAUACAAUCACUCCCCGUCUCUUCCACCCAUGCACAUUAGACAACCUUCCCCUGGGGAUAUAAGAUCCGCGUCACCAUCUAUGAAUGGACCGCAUGGUCUUGAAGUACCCCAGACAUACGAACAACUUAUCGCCCAGAAUUCAUCUUUGAAAACUCGUGUCAAUGAGCUCGAAGUUAUAAAUGAACUCUUUCGAGGUCGAGUCACCCAACUUGAACAAGAUGAAGCCAAUGCGAAUCAAGGAGUUGCGAUGCUCCGAGAAUCAGAACACAACCUUAUGAAUCGACUCGAGGAGUCGCAACGCCGAGAAAACCAAUUAAAACGUCGCUUGGAUGAUGUUGAACGUGAACUCAAUGAAUUGCGUGACGGGGCACCCCGCGCUAAGAAAAUGCGUGUCGCAGAUAUGGUUGGGGACAGUGAAUCAUCAACUCCACAAUCAGUCACUUCAUAGUUCAGCAAAAUCAUCAUAACCUCUCCUUGAUCUUAUGCGAAUCAUGGAAUGUCAAGAUUGGCGUGUGGUGUCUCUUUUUGCCUCUUGUCGAUAAUACCAACCUAACGAAAUCUUUCCUCUACCCCUAGUGCAGCACGUUGAUCUCAAUGAAAAUUUGUUGGCAUUCUCUCGCAUCAGACUGCUACUGAUAUUCCAAUAUCCACCUCUAUUGAUGGAUUGUACUACCACGAAAACAUGCGCUUCCUUUCUUGCAUUUCUUUUCACGUCCAGGAUCCUCAAAAUAUCACCAAAAAAAUAUUCGGCUAGACGCAUGGAUGGUCGCGUCGCCACAUUAAUGUCAAAAUAAUAAACCCACGUUCCGCUUUCCGCUCCUCCAGCUACUUCAAUUGAGAAUAUCAAUUUUAGACCCGGACAAGCAAACACACGAAGCUUGACUUCUAUUUCACGAAUGACAACAUGCUCAUGGAAAGGCGGGAAAUUCUAAGGCAUGAAUUUCAACGGAGUGUUUGGAGUAGAUAAUGAAAGCUAGAUUCUUUCACGCCAGGUUUUCCCCUCUGCUCAUGCAAGAGCCAAUUUAGAAGCUGGCGUUUGCCAUGCAUGUUCAUGCAUUAUCGCUUCUCUUUUACCCACCCACUAUCGGUCAGAUAUCUAUAUAGGGCGCGGAUGGCAGCAUAAUUUAGCUCUUGCUGGUGAGAUGAAAUUUUGGAGAGCGGAAUAAAAAGUUC